AUAGCGGCCGUGAUUUCUUUCACCAGCCCCCACGACGCCUGCCGUAUCUCCGCCGUCUCCAAGUUUCUUCGCUCUGCCGCUGAUUCCGACGCCGCGUGAGAGAGAUUUCUUCCCUCUGAUCUGCGUCUGGUGAUUGAUCAUUCUUUGUCUAGAGUUUCCUAUAAGCAGCUCUUCCUCCGUUUUUGUGAGUCUCCUCUUCUCAUUGAUGACGCCAGGACGAUCUUUUGGAUGGAGAAGAGAAGCGGGAAGAAAUGUUGGAUGUUACCAUCAAGGAAACUAGAGAUCGUUUGGGUUAAUUCUCCUGAGUGCUGGUCAUGGAUUUCGAUUCCAGACUCAAGGUUUGGAGAAGUUGCAGCACUUCUAAUGGUAUGUUGGUUUGACAGGUCCAAAGGCAGCGUUUAUGGAGCUUACCUUGUUUCUAAAGAAGGAGAAAUAUUUAGGUCCCAGCCACUGGAGACUAGGUUUGGGUCCACAAGAACCGGUCUUUGUAAUGAUAGAAGAGCGUUUCUUGAGUCUAGAAUGCGAGAAGAUGGGUGGUUGGAGAUUAAACUUGGUGAGUACUAUGUCGGCUUCGAUGCGGAGGAGCUCGAGAUGAGCGUCUUGGAGACUAGAGAAGGUGGCUAGAAAGGCGGAGUCAUUGUCCAAGGGAUCGAGAUUAGACCUAAAUGAGUGUUGUGCGAUUAA